UAAAAUAUCUACAAAGGGCAACAACUCAAACAUAUCAAAUUAACAAUGAAGCCUUCAACAAGAUCAUUAGAAGGAAAACGAUUCAUUCUCUCGGCUCUCGCGUUCAUCUUGUUCCUCUGUGCAUUAGCUUCCAUCAAUGAAAUUAGAUUCGACAGCUUAUUGAAGUUUGGUAGAUGUGCUCUUUCCAAUCUCCCUUCUCAAUCCCACAACGCAUCUUCAGAAAUUUCCGCUGCAUCAAAUUCUUCUUCAUCCGAUGACAUACGAAUUCUAAUCGGAAUCCUAACACUUCCUGAUCAAUACCAACGGCGCCAUUUCCUUCGUCUCAUAUAUGGCACGCAGUCUCCCGCUGGCGCACAAGUUGAUGUCAAGUUCGUUUUUUGCAACCUAACAAAGGAAGACCAGAAGGUGUUGGUUGCACUUGAGAUAAUGCGAUAUGAUGAUAUUAUCAUCCUCAACUGCAAAGAGAACAUGAACAAGGGCAAGACUUACACUUUCUUUUCGAGCUUACCGGAGAUAUUUAACUCCACGGAUAGGCCUUACCCACCUUACCAUUACGUGAUGAAAGGAGACGAUGAUACAUAUUUGAGGUUGGAAAACUUGGUGGACUCUUUAAGGCCAUUGCCUAGAGAAGACUUGUAUUACGGCUACGUUAUUCCAUGCCCCAGCAUGGACCCUUUUGUUCAUUACAUGUCUGGCAUGGGAUACUUGGUUUCUUGGGAUAUUGCUGAAUGGAUUAGAGAAUCGGAAAUUCCUAGAAAUAAUUUGGAAGGCCCCGAAGAUAAGGUUUUUGGAGAUUGGAUGCGAGAUGGGCACCGGGCGAAAAACAGAUACAAUGCCAAAUGGUCUAUGUACAAUUUUCCUGAGCCGCCCACAAGGUGCACGCAUGAGCUGUGGCCAGACACGAUCGCUGUGCAUUUGUUGAAGAAUCAGGACAAGUGGAUUCACACCUUGAAGUAUUUCAAUGUUACCAGUAAUUUGAAACCAUCUAAAUUAUAUCAUAUUCCAUAAUUGGCUGCGUAACUCUAUAGUUUUUUUUUUAAUUCUUUUGAUUUGAUUUGUCAGAUUUUAAGCCCAAGCAUAAAAAUUGAUUUGAUUCGUUCAUUCUUCCGGUUUUAUUAAGGUAAAAUUUUCAAUUGUAACGAUGAGGCUGAAGUAAGAAGUUUAAAUAUUGGAUAUCGUUGUAAUAUAAGUGUAUAUAUACUAUCCUUUUUUAUAUAAAUAUUUUUUCUUUUGUGAAAUCAAGUUUUGUUUUCAUUUAUUAAUAACUCAGGUUUGCAUCAGAUUCAAUAAUGUCUUGCAUGAAAGCAGGAUAGUCCUCUAGCCAGUACAAUCCCUCAUCUAUCCUAAGUCCAUACACUGCCAAUCUGUGAGCAGCUUCAUUACCAGACCUUCUGGUAUGUUGUGCUUUGCAUCCUUUCAGUUCAGCCAUAUUCUGUCUUGCCUCUUCAACUAUCAAUCCUAUAAGUGACAUGCCCUGGUUCAAGGAUCGAAGUUUCUUUAUAAUCGUCACUGCGUCUCCUUCCAGCACAAA